AUGCUCCCGCACACGGUGAAGGAGGAGCACAAAGAUGUCAAGCCUACCCCGGCGUCUGACCUGGACGGUGCGGCGAGCGUGGUGCAGGACACCAUGGCACUCUACACGUGCGCCAACUGCACUCGCGUGGUGGCGCUCAGCCCGUCUUCGCAACUAAUGUGCACCCACUGCGUGCACCGCACGGGCUCGUCUACCGUAUUCUACAAACUCCGCACACAACCCACCACGUAUGACACGAUUUGA